AUGCUCUACCUGCUUGCUUUCCUCUUGCAGUGUUUCCCCUUGGCCAUGGGACAGUAUGACAUUUGCAAGUCCUGGGUGACCACGGACGAUGGCCCCUCAUGGGAGUUCUAUGCCUGUCAACCCAAGGCCAUGCGGAUGAAGGAUUAUGUGACUGUGCGGGUGGAUCCAGCAGGAAUCACUUGUGGAGACCCACCAGAGAGAUUCUGCACCCACGAGAACCCGUACCUGUGCAGCGAUGAGUGCGACGCCUCCAACCCCGACCUGGCCCACCCACCCAAACUCAUGUUUGACAGUGAGGACGAGGGCCUGGCCACGUACUGGCAGAGCGUGACCUGGCGCCGGUACCCGGAGCCACUUCUGGCCAACAUCACCCUGUCCUGGAACAAGAGCAUCGAGCUGACAGACGACAUCGUGAUAACCUUUGAGUACGGCCGCCCCACCAUCAUGAUGCUGGAGAAGUCUCUGGACAAUGGGAGAACUUGGCACCCCUACCAAUAUUAUGCAGACGACUGCAUGGAAGCCUUCAGCAUGCCAGCACGGAGGGUCCGGGACCUCUCCACCACCAGUGCCAACAGGGUGCUCUGCACGGAGGAGUAUUCCCGCUGGGCAGGCUCCAAAAAGGAGAAGAACGUCCGGUUCGAGGUGCGGGAUCGCUUUGCCAUCUUCGCUGGCCCCGACCUCAAGAACACAGACAACUUGUACACCCGGCUGGAGAGCGCCAAGGGGCUCAAGGACUUCUUCACCAUCACUGACCUGAGGAUGAGGCUGCUGAGACCGGCCCUUGGGGGCACCUACGUGCAGAGGGAGAACUUGUACAAGUACUUCUAUGCUGUCUCCAACAUUGAAGUCACCGGCAGGUGUAAAUGCAACCUCCAUGCAAACCUGUGCACCUUCAAGGAGGGCAGCCUGCAGUGUGAGUGUGAGCACAACACCACGGGGCAGGACUGUGGCAAGUGCAAGAAGAACUUUCGCUCCAGAUCUUGGCGAGCAGGGUCCUACCUGCCUCUCCCCAACGGGUCCCCCAACGCAUGUGCAGCUGCAGGCUCAGCCUUUGGCAACUGCGAGUGCUACGGCCACUCCAACCGCUGCAGCUACAUCGACUUCUUGAACGUGGUGACCUGCGUGAGCUGCAAGCACAACACCCGGGGCCAGCACUGCCAGCACUGCCGCCUGGGCUUCUACCGCAACAGCUCCGCGGAGCUGGACGACGAGAACGUGUGUCUGGAAUGUAACUGCAACCAGAUCGGCUCCAUGCACGACCGCUGCAACGAGACCGGCUACUGUGAAUGCAAAGAAGGUGCCACGGGGCCCAAGUGUGACGACUGCCUGCCCAACUACUACUGGAGACAGGGCUGCUUCCCCAACGUGUGUGACGACGAGCUCCUGCUCUGCCAGAAUGGAGGCACCUGCUACCAGAACCAGCGCUGCAUCUGCCCCGUGGGCUUCAAGGGGGUCCUGUGCGAGCAGUCCAGGUGUGAAGUGGACAAAAAGGAGUGUGACGGUGCCCGCAGCAACCAGGGCAGCCUCAGCGCCCUCCUGCUCGGGGUGCUGGCCCUGCAGUUGCGUGGCUGGCUGGGUCUCUGA